UGAAAUGAUAAAUCACCAGGUGAAUGAGGAAAAGGAAGAUGCAAGGUCCCGCGAUGAAACUGAGGAUACCUGUCACAAAGAAGAUUCCGGGGCCAGGGUCUGAGGUUAAAGGACACCAGACCCAGCUGCUGCCCCAGUGCAGUGACUCUCCCUCUGACCCAGCAGCCCCUGCAGCCUCGGAGGACAGCGCUGCCAACUGCUCAGAGAGCCGACAGCUCCGCCUGGCGGACGGGGGCAGUCGCUGCGCCGGGAGAGUGGAGAUCUACCACCAGGGCUCCUGGGGCACCAUCUGUCACUACAGAUGGGACCUGAGGGAUGCCCACGUGGUGUGCAGACAGCUGGGCUGUGGACAGGCCCUGGACGCCCGGUUCUCUGCUUACUUUGGAAUGGGAUCGGGGCCCAUCUGGCUGGCCGGGCUGAAGUGCACAGGGAAGGAGUCCCACGUGUGGGAGUGCCCUUCGCCGGGCCUGGGGCAGUACAACUGCAUUCAUGCUGAGGACGCGGGGGUCACCUGCUCAGGAUUUGUGCAGCUGGCUGGAGGAAAUGGACCCUGCUCAGGACGAGUAGAAGUGAAUUCUGGUGGAGGCUGGACUCCAGUUUCUGAUGGGAACUUCACGUUCUCCACUGCCCAGGUCAUCUGUGCAGAGCUGGGGUGUGGCAAGGCUGCGUCCGUCCUGGGGCACGUGCCCUUCAGAGGGGCCAGUGGACAGGUCUGGGCUGAAGAGUUCCAGUGCGAGGGGCAGGAGUCUAGCCUCUGGUUCUGCCCGAGAGCGCCCUGUCCUGGAGGGACUUGCCACCACAGUGGGGCUGUUCAAAUCGUCUGUUCAGAUUACACAGAAGUCCGGCUCAUGAAAAAUGGCACCUCUCAGUGUGAGGGACAAGUGGAGAUGAAUAUUUCUGGAGACUGGAGACCGCUCUGUGCCUCCCACUGGAGUAUGGCCAACGCCAAUGUCGUCUGCCGUCAACUGGGCUGUGGAGUCGCCAUCUCUACCCCAAAAGGAGCAUACUCUGUGGAAGGAGGUGAUGGGGUCUGGAAAGACCGAUUUCACUGCUCAGGGGCUGAGCCCUUCCUGUGGCAUUGCCCCGUGACUGCCCUGGGUGUUCCCGACUGUAACCGCAGAAACACGGCCUCUGUGGUCUGCUCAGGACACCAGACCCAGCUGCUGCCCCAGUGCAGCGACUCCCCGUCUGACCCAGCAGCCCCUGCAGCCUCGGAGGACAGCGCUGCCAACUGCUCAGAGAGCCGACAUCUCCGCCUGGCGGACGGGGGCAGUCGCUGCGCCGGGAGAGUGGAGAUCUACCACCAGGGCUCCUGGGGCACCAUCUGUGACGACAGCUGGGACCUGAGGGAUGCCCACGUGGUGUGCAGACAGCUGGGCUGUGGACAGGCCCUGGACGCCCUGGGCUCUGCUCGCUUUGGGGAGGGGGCAGGGCCCAUCUGGCUGGACGAGCUGGAGUGCACAGGGAAGGAGUCCCAUGUGUGGAAGUGCCCUUUCCAGGGCUGGGGGCAGCACGACUGCAGGCACAAGGAGGACGCGGGGGUCACCUGCUCAGAGUUCUUGGCCCUCAGGAUGGUGAGCGGGGACCAGAAGUGCGCUGGGUGGCUGGAGGUUUUCUACAACGGGACCUGGGGCAGUGUCUGCCACAGCCCCAUGGAAGCCAUGACCUUGUCCAUCAUCUGCAGACAGCUUGGCUGUGGGGACAAUGGGACUCUUGACUCUUCUGUUGCUGUCAGAGAAGGUUCUAGACCCCGGUGGGUGGAUGGAAUCCAGUGUCGGAAAACUGCUACCUCCCUCUGGCAGUGUCCUUCUGAUCCCUGGAAAGACACAUCUUGCUUUCCAAAUGAUGAAGCUUACAUCAGAUGUGCAGGAGCCACACCUGAGAGCUGCCCAGCUGCCGCCCCCUGCACAGACAAAGAGAAGAUCCGACUCAGGGGAGGAGACAGCGUGUGCUCAGGCCGAGUGGAGGUUUGGCACGACGGCUCCUGGGGCACGGUGUGUGACGACUCCUGGAGCCUGGCAGAGGCCGAGGUGGUGUGUCGGCAGCUGGGCUGUGGCUCCGCCCUGGACGCCCUGGGGGAGGCUGCGUUUGGCCCGGGAAAUGGAAGCAUCUGGCUGGACGACGUGCGCUGCAGUAGCGUGGAGUCCUCCCUGUGGGCCUGCGCUGCGCAGCCCUGGGGGCGCAGCAACUGCAAGCACGAGGAGGACGCGGGAGUCAGGUGCUCAGGUGAAAGGACAGCAGUUCCCCCUAGCCCUGGAGGCGCCAGUCCAGGCUCAGCUCCUGUCCCUGGCAUCUUCUCCCUACCUGGGAUCCUCUGCCUCGUCCUGGGAGCCCUUCUCUUCCUGGUGCUCAUCAUUCUGGGGACUCAGCUGCACAGAUGGAGAGCAGAGCGCAGAGCCUUGUCCAGUUUCCAGGAUGCUCUCAACGAGCCUGUGUACCAGGAGAUCGAUUACCUCGGGACACUGAAGGAGGAUCUGCUGGGCAGCCCAGGGUCCCUGUCAGACGACUCAGCAAGUAAACUGCCAUAUUACACAGGGGACGCUGAGGACAACGAACCGCCGGGUCAAGGGGCCGACGCCCCUAGUGAGGGCUACGAUGAUGCUGCAGAGAUGCCAGUUACGGAGCCGCCCCCCGUCCCGCAGAUGAGUGGGGGGCAGCUGCCGCCGCAGGAGGACAGUGUGGCGAGGGCCUCUCAGGCCGGUUCUUCUCUGCAGUUCCUCAGAGGGACAGCUGACCCUGGGAAAGGACCGGAUAGACCCUGGCUGCUGCAGGGGCAAGAAGGGGACCCUGCAUAUGACGAUGUUGAACUACAUGCCCCUGGAACAUCUGCAGUGGCUUUCCCAUGAUGUUGUGUUAGCAAUGAGAUGAGGUCUCUGAUAGUCUAAUUGCCUGCAUCCCAACAAACUACUGCUGAUGUGUAACUGCACAAUAUGGAAAUUACU